GAAGAGGCAAUUUCCUUCCUCUUUUCUACUUUGGCUCCGGAGCCCCCAGCAGAACCUCUUCAAUAUCUGACAUGUUACAGAUUUCACUGCUCCCACCAGCUUGAAGAUAACAUGUGGUUCUUGACAGUUCUGCUCCUUUGGGUUCCAGUUGAUGGGCAAGUGGACCCCACAAAGGCAGUGAUCACUCUGCAGCCACCAUGGGUCAGCGUGUUCCAAGGGGAAACUGUAACAUUACAGUGUGUGGGGCCCCAUGUGCCUGGGAACAGCGCCACACAGUGGUUUCUCAACGGUACAGCCACUCAGAUCUCGACCCCCAGCUACAGCAUCACCUCUGCCAGUGUCAACGACAGUGGUGAAUACAGGUGCCAGACAGGUCUCUCAGUGCUAAGUGACCCCGUGCAGCUGGAAGUCCACAGAGAGUCUCACUCCAUCGCCCAGGCUGGAAUGCAGUGGCACAAUCUUGGCUCACUGCAACCUCUGACAGAGCUGUUUCAACAAGACACUUUGUAUAGUUCAAGCAGAAGUGUUCUAAAGAUAUUUGAGGAACUGGAUAUAGGCCUGAGAUUUAGCAGAGCUCUGAGGUACAUCAGGUCUCAGCCAACCUUCCCUUCCAAACAUAACUCAGUCUCUAAAUAUUGUCGCUUCCCUUUGUCUUUUUCUGUUUCAGGCCUCCAAUCACCAACUCCUGUCUGGUUUCAUUUCCUUUUCUAUGUGGUAGUGGGAAUUAUGUUUUUAGUGGACACUGUUCUCUGUGUGACAAUAUGUAAAGAACUGAAAAGAAAGAAAAAGUGGAAUUUAGAAAUCCCUUUGGAGUCUGCUCAUGAGAAGAAGGUAACUUCUGACCUGCAAAAACACAGACAUUUAGGAAAAGACCUGAAGCGUCAGGAACAAGAACAGCCGCAGAACAGGGUGCACCGGAAGGCGCCCCAGAAGGCCAAGUAGCAGCAGCUCAGUGGGUGGCCAUCUGUCUGGACCGUCUCCUGCCCACUUCCUCCCCAUGAGCACUGCGCACAAAUGUCCAAAAGUUCAACACCACCGGAACUGUAGGUCUCACGGCAUAUAACAAUCAAAGGAAAUAAAUGAACUGACUUCAGCUGGG